AUGUCGAUGAUGAAGUCUUCACAACCCCACGAUAAACCUCCUGCUAGCCGUAGCACCAACUUGGCGCAUGGAAAGGUCAGAAAUUGGCCGAAUGCUUAUAACCAGUUGCCGAGCGACAGCAUGCCCGUCACACCUUCUCAACCACUUGGGAUCCCACAGCCCACAAUCCAAAUUACGGGAGCCGAUGGGGUAUCUCUACGUCAACAAUCCCUGGAGAAUCAACACGAAGGACGAGAAUACGAGCAAAGUCAGGGCUCAUAUAGUACUAUUGACUCUGACGACGGCAGCUCCGUGUUCACGCCAUCCGAAGACUUCAACCCUGCCGAGGAAGCCGAUUCCCACCGGCUGGGCAACGAUGGCUGGCCAACUAGUACGACAGAUGCUCCGGAACGGAAACAAACUAUAGAAGAAUCUGUCGAGGAGUUGGCAUUGGUUUCACCAAACCGAACAAAUGUUGGGGGUGACAUCAAUCGCGUGGCUGUUGCACCUUUCCGGGACCAAAAUGGUGGCCUACCUACGUUCAGAAAAAGGGAGAUACACGAUGCGACCGGUGGACGUCGCGAACUGGACUUUGAACGAAGGGUAGAUUUCGAGUGCGGUCUAGGUCAAAGCCCUCACCCACGCAUCACGCCGUCACAUGGACUAGCCAGCCCAAAAGAACUUCUUGAAGAUCGACUACUUGCGGCAAUGGUAAACAACGACACGACUUGGGGCUUCUUCCCAGUCAACUCACUCCCAACAAUAAUCACCGAGUCGGCCGUUAGGGAGGAGCUUCGAAAGCUUUUCCAUCCCGACAUGAAGGAUUUGAACGACAUUUCGAAAUAUGCACGGAAAAUUUGCGGAACACCGUCCUCAACAGCUACCUGCUUCCGAAAAAUAUUUGCCAUACUGGUGAUGAUUGGGAAGACGCCUGCAAUCUUCAAGUUCUUGGGCGAAAAGGUCAACGAUUCUGAUCUCCCACUGACGGCGUGUUACGUAUCCUCAAACAAUGUCCAGAUCUCCGAUUUUCGACGGGUACGUAAAGGACACGGUAAAGUCAGAGUGGAAUGCUUCAGUGAAGGAUGGAGCAAGAUUGCAAUGAAGAGUUUUGAGGAGUGGCAAUGGAGGACUCUAGCCCCUAUCUUUGAACAGUCGGACGAAGACAAAAGCGUGUCGCACUAUUAUUCGCCGACCGGCAGGAUCACCUUACCAUUCAUUUACGGCAGCGGUAUAUCCGGCAGGAGAGCAGAAGAGGUCGAAGGUGGAGGCGGCCGUGUUACCAAAGUCAGGAUUCAUCCGGACCAUCAUUCCUUCCAUUAUAAAGAUUGCCCUUGGAGCAACUCCACGAAUGAAGCGAGCAAGGUUUCGGACAUUACACCUCCUUCGAAGGGCCAAGAUUGUGAAUGCCGUUUUGCCGUCAAGCAGUUGCAUUCUACAGACGAGGCCUUCCAACAAUUCAAGAAGGAGGUCGAUGUGCUCAGGCGGUUCACUAAUGAGAAGAAUAACCACCUCAUAUCUCUGUUAGCCACGUACGAGCACAACGAUGACUAUUACCUGAUCUUCCCGUGGGCACAAGCCACCUUGAAAACUUACUGGGAAGAGAAACACCCGAACCCCAGUCUGGACAAACAAACCGUAAUUUGGGUUGCCGAACAGUGCAAGGGAAUCGCAUACGGAGUGUUGAAAAUACACCAGUAUACAUCGGUCGAGGUGAACAAGAACGAACUUGACCCAGCAGCUGGGCAAAAUGUUCAAUUUGGUCAUCAUGGCGAUAUCAAGCCUGAGAAUAUCCUGUGGUUUCAAGACAGCCGUGAAACCACUCCCGGAGCGCAAGGAUUCCAGAGAGGGACCCUAAAGCUAACAGACUUUGGCCUCGCCUCUAUCAACCCCAACCGCACUGUUUCGAGACAACUGUUGGGGUUUCCUUGUUCGAUAUCCUAUUGUGCUCCCGAGGCUGAACUCCUGCACUGCGGGCCUCCUGGACGACAGUACGAUAUGUGGACGCUGGGUUGCCUCUACCUUGAGUUUAUCACGUGGAUGAUGGGAGGAUGGAAAUUAGUCAAAGACUUUGAACGCCAACGAAGCACCAUGGAUCCGCGGUGGGUGUGGAAGGAUAUCAAGACUGACACUUUCUAUGAGGUCAAAGCUGGAGGUCACGUCUCCGGGCAAGUAAGCAUGAAAGCAGAAGUGAAACCACAAGUGACAAAGGUAACUAACUACUCCUCUCCGCUCCCUAUCAACACCUCCUCCACCGGAACACAGGAUGCCAUUGAGUACUGA